UAUCAUUUAUCAAACAUUCUUAGCUUAACAAAUAUUUAACUUAUUUUGAGUUAAUCGGAAAAAAUUAGUUUAUUUUUUUUACGUAGUAGUUCAAAAUUUUAAUUGUCAAAUUAUUCAUUUAUAAAUGUGAAAAUGAAAAUGUAACAUUCAAUAGAGAACAUAGAAGACAAACUGAUAUGCAUAAUUUAUUUCAUAUCGUAGUAAUCUAAAAAAGGCAGUUAAGUUUACUUUAAAAAUGCUCAAUAAUUGUAUUAAAACAACCUUAAAAAUUACUACGGCUCGUGAAAUCUGCCAAAAGGCCAAGAAAACUCCGCAUCUAGUGGAAUCAUUAAGCAUUUAUAAUUAAUUACGUUUAGGCCCCACAUUUCUUUUCUUUAUAAACCCCUUCAUCACCCUUCUUCCUUUACUUCUUCCUAGUUUGUAAGUACUAAGUAGCUUCCCAUGUUUUAGUGUUUAACACCGAAACCCUGAAAAAAAAAAAUACAAACUAAAAAUUAUUGUAAAUGCCAAAGAGUAACAUAAGCAGCAAUCCUGAUUCUGAUGAGGGUCAAGGGAAGACGACAAGAUUGCGUCGUCAUGAUUCCCUUGAUCUUGAAUCCUCUAAUGUCAAAGGCCACCAUGCAGGAGGGCAUUCCACAACGAAUGCAAGUUGGGCAGUGGUGCUAACUUUGGCCUUUCAAAGUCUCGGUGUUAUAUAUGGAGAUAUUGGUACUUCGCCUCUUUAUGUUUAUGCAAGCACCUUCACUAGCGGAAUUAAGCAUAGAGAUGAUAUUUUGGGAGUUCUUUCUCUCAUAUACUACACAAUUACUUUACUCCCCGUUAUCAAGUAUGUCUUCAUCGUGUUACGGGCCAAUGACAAUGGAAAGGGUGGAACAUUUGCCUUGUAUUCUCUUCUAUGUCGAAAUGCAAAGGUUGGUUUACUACCUAGUCAACAAAUUGAAGAUCAAGAAGUAUCGAACUAUCAACUUGAAUUGCCAACCAAAUGCAAUCAAUUAGGUGUAUCAUUGAAGCUCAAAACCUUCUUGGAAAAAAACAAGCUUUCCAAGUACAUUCUUUUGAUUGUUACUAUGCUUUCUACUUCCUUGGUCAUUGGUGAUGGUGUCCUCACUCCAUCUAUCUCAGUUUUAUCAGCUAUAAGUGGGUUAAAAGGAGCUUCGCCUGUUUUUACUGAAGGAAGAGUUGUUUGGAUAUCAAUAGCCAUAUUGGUUCUACUAUUUUCAGCUCAAAGAUUUGGGACUGAUAAAGUAGGAUAUAGUUUUGCUCCAAUUGUAACUGUAUGGUUUGCAUUUAAUGCUGGAAUUGGUGUCUACAAUUUCAUAAAAUAUGAUCCUACUGUUAUUAAGGCUGUAAAUCCAUGGUACAUUAUUCAGUAUUUUCAAAGGAAUGGUAGAGAUGCUUGGAUCUCCCUUGGUGGUGUCUUCCUUUGUAUCACAGGGACUGAAGCAUUAUUUGCUGAUGUUGGACAUUUUUCAGUUAAAUCAAUCCAACUAAGCAUGUCUUGUGUUACAUAUCCCGCGCUUAUGCUAACAUACUCGGGGCAAGCUUCAUUCCUUCGCUUGAAUCAAGAUCUAGUUAAAGAUACCUUUUACGAAUGCAUACCAGGCCCAUUGUACUGGCCAAUGUUUGUCAUAGCUGUCUUAGCAACAAUUGUAGCAAGUCAAGCCAUGAUAUCGGGAACUUUCUCUAUCAUCCAACAAUCCCUUGCUCUAGGAUGCUUCCCUCGUGUUCAAAUCGUUCAUACAUCUGCCAAAUACGAAGGCCAAGUUUACAUCCCAGAGAUUAAUUACUUCCUUAUGUUGGCUUGUGUAGGUGUCACACUAGCUUUUAGAACAACCGAAAAUAUUGGUCAUGCCUAUGGCAUUGCUGUUGCACUUGCUGAGACGAUAACAUCAGGUUUCAUGAUCCUUGUUAUACUCGUUAUUUGGAAAAAACACAUAGCAGUAGCCAUCAUAUACGCGUGCUGCAUUUGGUCAGUCGAGUUGGUUUACUUGAGUUCGGUGCUCUACAAGUUUCCUCAUGGUGGAUACUUUCCAAUAGCACUAGCAAGUGUCUUUCUUGCCCUUAUGGUCAUAUGGAACUACGUAUAUCGAAAGAAGUACUACUAUGAGAUGGACAACAAAAUUUCACCCAGUACUUUUAGGGAUCUUGUUAAUCAAAGUAAUUGUAGUCGUAUCCCUGGGCUAGCAAUCUUCUACUCCGAGCUUGUCGAUGGAAUCCCUCCUAUUUUCGGUCAUUAUGUGGAGAACAUCUCUGUUUUGCACUCUGUACUUGUCUUUGCAUCAGUCAAGUCGUUGCCUAUUAGUACAGUUCCACCAGAGGAACGGUUUCUCUUCCGUAGAGUCCACCCAAGGGACCUCUAUGUGUUCCGUUGUGUGGUAAGGUAUGGAUAUACUGAUGCUCGUAAUGAGGAAGAACCUUUUGAGAGAUUGUUAAUAGACAGACUGAAGGAAUUUAUGAAGGACGAAUUUUGGGUUUAUGUACAAAAGGAUCACCCCGAAAGCAUACAAGUCCAAGAGCACGAAAGCGACCAAAUUCACCAUGGUGAUGGUAACGAACAUGUGUUGACAAGGGCUCAAGAGGAAGUGUUAGAGAAAGAUAUCGAGGUGAUCGACAAAGCAUGGAAUGCAGGGGUUGUACACAUGAUGGGUGAAAGUGAAGUAACAGCUAACAAAUCAUCUGGUAUUGGAAAGAGGAUUGUGAUUGAUUUUGCUUUCAAUUUUAUGAAGAAGAAUUUACGACAAAGUGAUAAGAUGUUCGACAUUCCUCGUAAGCGAUUGCUUAAAGUUGGGAUGACAUACGAGCUCUAGGGAUGGUGAAAGUUGAUAAUCAACUACAUCUUCAAGGCAACAACUUCUAAUUCAAUUGGAUUGAUAUGACAUUGUGGUGUAUAACACUUUACUAUAUACAUAUAUUUAUCAGUGUGAAAUUUUUUUUGAAUUUUAUUUGAAAAAGAAUAUUUUGAUUUUAAUUUUUCAUAUAUAUUUAUUUAUAUAUGAAAAACCAAUUGUGAGUUGUGAAUUGUAACUAUAUAUUGUGUUAAACGGUUAUGAAAUAUGCGAUUUGUAUAUUAAGUACCAAUGUAAUGUAUUGUACUAAUAUAUUUUCAUUUUUA